GGGUCAUUUGUGUACACCAAAGGUGUUCCAGGACAGGACUGUUUUAGAAUGUGGCCAAAUGUAGACAAGGAUGGUCGUAAUCCUAACGAACUGGUCGCAAGAAUUUCUUUACAUUCACCUAAGUGGUCAGCUUCCGUCAGCAAGAAGGUUGUCGAUUACUUAGAUCGAUGUAUUGCAACAAGCAACCAUAAGAAGAAACCAGGGCCUGAGUAUGACUCUAAAGAAUGUGUUCCAUGGAGAAGUCAUGGAUGCUGCAGUGCAAAUACAACUUCUGCUAUCAAGAAAGAUGGAGCUUUGACAUUGUUCAACAGAAAGUGGAACCAUUGUGGUAAUCUCUCGGAUAAAUGUCGAGAGUUUUUCAUCAAGAAUACAUGCUUCUACUCUUGCUCCCCAAAUCUGGCACCUUGGAUUGUCAAUGAUCCAAUGGGUGGUUUGACGAGAACAGAAAAAUUUAAGAGCAUACCACUUUGUUCUGAUGAUUGUGAUGCCUGGUUUGAUGCUUGCAAGAAUGAUAUGACGUGUUCAAAUGAUUGGAGUGAUACCUGGAAGUGGACUGAUAACGACAAAUGCGACAAACAAAAAUGUACGUCUUUCAAAGAUUAUUUUACAAAUUCCAUGAUGUUCUGUAACAAGAUAUUCGAUCACACAUACAAAUACACUUCUGGUAAGCCUGGAAGGGACUGCAUGAAUCUAUGGCCAGAUAGUGGUGCGAAAGAUUUGAAUCUUGAGUUUGCAUCAACAGUUACUCGAAACAUUAUUGCCAGCUCUUCAACUUUACUUUAUCCAGCAUUCAUGCUUAUUUCGUCAAUUCUAUGGGCAGUUGUUUUAACUGUAUAAAACGAAAGGGAUUUUGAAUGUGGUACAUUUAAAAUUUUGCAACUGUCAUAAAACACAUCAUAUACUCAGUUAUAUAAGCAUUGCUGGUAUAAAAAUUUGCUGCCUUUAAUCAUUUCAUUUUCCAUUAUUAACUAUGACAUUGGCUUGUGUAAAUGUAGUUUUCAAUUGUAGGUUUAGCCAUAUUUUUCAUACCAUACAUAGCCUUAUGUACGGUACAAAUUAAUAAAAUCUAAAAGUAUAAGCUUAAAAAAA